GUGUAUUUCGAUAUAAGGGAAUUCCCUCACAGCAAGGCAGUGCGCCGUGCAGACAGCCAUUUUCUCGUGUUUUGACGUUUUGACAGGACUUCAGCCAACAUCAUAAACAAAUUAUCAAGUGUCCAGAAGAAUGAGGUGGAAAACCUUCUAUCUGGGACUGCUUUGUGUGUUUGUUCUGUCUGGUCUGUGCUAUGCAGCUGAUGAAGAAGGUGACGUGAAAGUGGAGGAUGACAUUGGCAAGAGUCGAGAUGCUUCCAGAACUGAUGAUGAAACCGUCCAGAGAGAGGAGGAAGCCAUCAAGUUAGAUGGACUGAAUGUUGCUCAGAUGAAGGAACUCCGCGACAAAGCGGAGAAACAUGCAUUCCAAGCGGAGGUCAACCGCAUGAUGAAGCUCAUCAUCAACUCCCUAUACAAGAACAAAGAGAUUUUCCUGAGAGAGUUGAUCUCCAAUGCCUCUGAUGCUUUGGAUAAGAUUCGCUUCUUGUCUCUGACGGACAAAUCUGCACUAGCUGCAACAGAAGAACUGAGUAUCAAAAUCAAGGCUGAUAAAGAAAAUCACGUCCUACACGUCACAGAUACAGGAAUUGGUAUGACACACAACGAUCUCGUCAAUAAUCUCGGUACCAUUGCCAGAUCUGGUACCAGCGAGUUCCUGACCAAACUCGGAGAAGCUGAGUCACAGACAGAGAUGUCUGAUCUCAUUGGACAAUUUGGAGUCGGUUUUUACUCAUCUUUCCUUGUUGCUGAUCGUGUCAUCGUAACAUCUAAAAACAAUGACGAUGAGCAACAUGUCUGGGAGUCUGACUCUGAAAGCUUCGCUGUUGCCAAGGAUCCCCGAGGCAACACUUUGGGCAGAGGAACUACAAUCAGUCUUCAUCUGAAGGAAGAGGCACACGACUUCUUGGAGGAAAAUACACUGAAGGAACUGGUCAAGAAAUACUCCCAGUUCAUUAACUUCCCCAUCUACAUCUGGGCCAGCAAGACUGAGGAAGUUGAGGAGCCCAUUGAGGAAGAGGAGGAAACAAAAGAGGAGGCAGCUAAGGAUGAGGAGAAAGAAGAAGAUGAGGAGGGAAAGGUUGAGGAGGAGAAGGAUGAGGACAAACCCAAGACCAAGAAAGUGACCAAGACUGUGUGGGACUGGGAACUGAUGAACAGUGUCAAACCCAUCUGGACCAGAAAAUCCGAUGAUGUGACUGAUGAAGAGUACAAUGAGUUCUACAAAUCCAUCAGUAAGGACAGUGACACUCCUCUGGCCAGGACCCACUUCACCGCUGAGGGAGAAGUCACCUUCAAAUCUAUCCUCUAUGUCCCCAAAUCAUCCCCUCAUGACAUGUUCUCCAACUACGGAAAGAAAAUGGAAUCCAUUAAGAUGUAUGUCAGAAGAGUUUUCAUCACUGACGACUUUGAGGACAUGAUGCCUAAAUACCUCAGUUUCGUCAGGGGAGUUGUGGACUCUGAUGAUCUUCCAUUGAACGUCUCCCGUGAGACCCUCCAGCAGCACAAACUUCUCAAGGUAAUCAAGAAGAAAUUGGUCAGAAAAACACUGGAUAUGAUUAAAAAGAUCAGCAAGGACGACUAUGAGAAAUUCUGGAAGGAAUACAGCACAAACAUUAAGUUGGGUGUGAUUGAGGAUCAGUCCAACAGAACUCGGCUGGCCAAGUUGCUCAGAUUCUACUCCUCCAACUCUGAAACAGAACAAACCAGUCUGCCUGAAUACAUUGAAAGGAUGAAGGAGAAGCAGGAGGCCAUUUACUUUGUAGCUGGAACUAGCAGGAGUGAGGUUGAGAAAUCUCCAUUUGUUGAACGUCUGCUGAAGAAAGGCUAUGAGGUUCUUUACCUUGUUGAACCUGUUGAUGAAUACUGCAUCCAAUCUCUUCCCGAAUUUGAUGGCAAGAAAUUCCAGAAUGUUGCCAAAGAAGGUCUGAAAAUCGACGAUGACUCUGAAAAGACCAAGGAACGCAAGGAAGCCCUGGAGAAGGAAUACGAACCACUAACCAAAUGGCUGCAAGAUCUUGACGCUCUGAAGGAGAAAAUCAGCAAGGCCACAGUGUCUGACCGACUAACCACAUCUCCCUGUGCUCUGGUGGCCAGUACUUAUGGAUGGUCUGGAAACAUGGAGAGAAUCAUGAGAUCUCAAGCUUAUGCCAAACAACAGGACCCUUCACAACAAUUUUACUCAACUCAGAAGAAAACAUUAGAAAUAAAUCCCAGACAUCCUCUUAUCAAGGAAUUAAAAUCAAGGGUUGAGGCAAAUGCUGAAGACCAGAUUGCCAAGGAUCUGGCUGUGGUCAUGUUUGAGACGGCUACUAUUAGGUCUGGCUAUGCCCUCCAGGACACAUCUGGGUUUGCUGAAAGAGUUGAGCACAUGUUGAGGGAAGCCAUGAACAUUCCUCAAGAUGCCAAGAUUGAGGAGGAGCCAGAAGAAGAAGAAUCAGCUGAGGAAGAGAAGGCUGAAGAAGUUAGUGAUGAUGAUGAAGGAACCAGUGAUGAUGAUAAGUUUUCGUGUGGAUCAAAUUGCCAACUUCGUAGAAAGCUGCUCUGGUUUGGUGAGGACAAGAAUAAAGACACUGAUGGUGAUGGUAUUCCUGAUCACCUUGAUGAUGAUGAUGAUAACGAUGGUGUUCCUGAUAACAAAGACAAUGAUGACGAUGGUGAUGGCAUAAGUGAUGAUAAAGAGUACUGCGACAAGGACGGUUGUAAGAAUCUGAAGGAUUCCGAUGGAGAUGGAAUUCCAGAUCAUCUUGACAAUGAUGAUGAUGGAGAUGGCAUUCCAGAUGACAAAGAAAAAGAUACCGAUGGAGAUGGAAUUCCUGAUUAUUUAGAUGACGAUGAUGAUAAUGAUGGAAUUCCUGAUGACCAGGAUGACGACGAUGAUGGUGAUGGUAUUCCGGACAAAAAAGAGGACUCAGAUGGCGAUGGCAUUCCUGAUCACUUGGAUAAAGAUGAUGAUGGUGAUGGAAUUCCAGACGACAAAGAGAAGGAUACUGAUGGAGAUGGAAUUCCUGAUUAUUUGGAUGAUGACGAUGAUAAUGAUGGAAUUCCAGAUUCCCAAGAUGACGAUGACAACGGAAAUGGAAUUCCCGACCAUUUAGAAAUUGACAGCGAUGGGGAUGGAAUUCCUGAUUAUUUGGAUGAUGAUGACGACAAUGAUGGGAUUCCAGAUCAUUUAGACAAGGAUGACGAUGGAGAUGGUGUUGCAGAUGAUAAAGAGAAAGAUACCGAUGGGGAUGGGAUUCCAGAUUAUCUUGAUGACGAUGAUGACAACGAUGGAAUUCCUGAUGUUGACGAUGACGAUAGUGAUGGUGAUGGCAUACCUGAUAAGCUCGAGGUAGACACAGAUGGUGAUGGAAUUCCAGACUAUCUUGAUAAUGAUGAUGACGGUGAUGGAAUUCCUGAUGCUCAGGACAAUGAUGAUGAUGGUGAUGGAAUUCCAGAUGACAAAGAGAAGGACACAGAUGGCGAUGGAAUACCAGAUUAUUUAGAUGAUGAUGAUGAUGGAGAUGGUAUUCCAGAUAGUGAAGAUAAUGAUGAUGAUGGCGAUGGAAUUCCUGACAACAAAGAGAAAGAUACAGACGGUGACGGAAUUCCUGACCAUUUAGAUGAUGACGAUGAUGGCGAUGGAAUUCCAGAUGAUAAAGAAAAAGAUACUGAUGGAGACGGUAUUCCGGAUUACCUUGACGAUGAUGAUGAUGGUGACGGAAUUCCUGAUCAUCUUGACAAGGACGAUGAUGGUGACGGAAUUCCAGAUGAUAAAGAAGAUUCAGAUAAUGAUGGUAUUCCAGAUAAUCUUGAUAAUGACGACGACGGAGACGGAGUUCCAGACGAUAGAGAAAAAGAUACUGACGGAGAUGGAAUUCCCGAUUAUCUCGAUGAUGAUGACGACGGUGAUGGAAUUCCAGAUGAUAAAGAAAAAGACACUGAUGGAGAUGGUAUCCCAGAUUACUUGGAUGAUGAUGACGAUGGAGAUGGAAUACCCGAUGCUCAAGAUAACGAUGACGAUGGUGAUGGAAUUCCCGACAAUAAAGAAGAUUCAGAUGGCGAUGGCAUUCCAGAUCACCUCGAUAACGAUGAUGAUGGUGACGGAAUUCCUGAUGACAAGGAAAAAGAUACUGACGGCGAUGGGAUUCCAGAUUAUCUCGAUGAUGACGAUGAUGGUGAUGGAAUUCCCGACGAUAAGGAUAAUGAUGAUAAUGGAGAUGGAAUAUCAGAUAACCGGGAAGAUUCGGAUGGUGACGGUAUUCCUGACCACUUGGACAAUGAUGAUGAUGGAGAUGGAAUUCCAGACGAUAAAGAAAAAGAUACAGACGGUGAUGGGAUACCAGAUUAUCUGGAUGAUGAUGACGAUAAUGAUGGAAUUCCAGAUUCUGAAGACGAGGAUGCAGAUGGAAAUGGCAUACCUGACUUCAAGGAAAAAGAUACGGACGGUGACGGCAUCCCUGAUUAUUUAGAUGAUGAUGAUGACAAUGAUGGCAUUCCUGAUCAUCUUGAUAAUGAUGAUGAUGGCGACGGAAUCACUGAUGACAAAGAAAAAGACACUGACGGUGAUGGAAUACCAGAUUAUCUUGAUGAUGAUGAUGACAAUGAUGGUAUUCCAGAUGAUAAAGAUAACGAUGAUGAUGGGGACGGAAUUCCAGAUAAUCAAGAAGAUUCAGAUGGUGAUGGAAUACCCGACAGUCUUGAUAAAGAUGAUGAUGGGGAUGGCAUUCCUGACGAACAAGAAAUUGAUACUGAUGGUGAUGGGAUCCCAGACUACUUAGACGAUGAUGACGAUAAUGAUGGUAUUCCUGAUGACUUAGAUGAUGAUGACGACGGUGAUGGCAUUCCUGAUGAUAAAGAAAAAGAUACUGAUGGAGAUGGUAUCCCAGAUUACUUGGAUGAUGAUGACGAUGGAGAUGGAAUACCCGAUGCUCAAGAUAAGGAUGACGAUGGUGAUGGAAUUCCAGAUGACAAAGAAAAAGACACCGACGGUGACGGCAUUCCCGACUAUUUAGACGACGAUGACGACGGUGAUGGUAUUCCAGAUGACCAAGAUAAAGAUGAUGACGGUGAUGGAAUUCCAGAUGAUAAAGAAAAAGACACUGACGGUGAUGGUAUUCCAGACUAUUUAGACAAGGAUGAUGAUGGGGAUGGAAUUCCAGAUGAUCAAGAAAAUGACGAUGAUGGAGAUGGUAUUCCUGAUGACAAGGAGAUUGAUUCUGAUGGCGAUGGUAUUCCAGAUUAUUUAGAUGACGACGAUGAUAAUGAUGGAAUUCCAGAUCAUCUGGAUAAGGAUGAUGAUAAUGAUGGAAUACCGGAUGACAAAGAGUUGGAUACCGAUGGUGAUGGAAUCCCAGAUUAUUUGGAUGAUGAUGACAAUAAUGAUGGAAUUCCUGACAGUAAAGAUUCUGAUGCCAAUGGAAAUGGUAUUCCAGAUUUCAUGGAAAAAGACACAGAUGGCGAUGGUAUUCCAGAUUACCUGGACGAUGACGAUGACAAUGAUGGUAUUCCAGACGAGGAGGACGAUGACGAUGAUGGUGACGGUAUUCCUGAUGAUCAAGAGGAUGCCGACAAUGAUGGAAUUCCAGACCAUUUGGACACAGAUAGUGAUGGUGAUGGUAUUAUUGACAAACUUCCAGAUCUGGAUGGGGACGGAAUUCCCGAUAAAUUUGAUAAAGAUGAUGAUGGCGAUGGCAUUCCUGAUGUUCGAGAAGGCAAGAAAAUUAAUCCUUCCAAAAUUUCUAAAUCUAAUAAUCCAAAAUCUAAAACUAAAAGUGAUGAUGAAGACGAUGAUGAUGAUGACGAAAACGAUAGCCAGAAAUCUUUAUUUUCUAGAAUUGUGACCUCUGUUAAAGAAAUGGUUUUUCCAAGUGGUGACUCAUCGGAGGAUAAGUCCAAAAAUCUCAAGAAAAAUCCGAAUCCAGCAAGGAUCAAAAAUAAGGGAAAACAGUUGAAAGGACAUGAUGAAGAAAUUGAUCUCGUAGACUUGGUAAAAAGUGCUUUUUCUAAUAGUGAAGACGACAAGACCAACCAAAAAGAGAAAAAUAAACAAAGAAAAUCUACAUGAAAGAAUAUUUUUCAAUAAUGUUUUAUAUUUAUUCACAAUGCUCAUGAAAAUUAGAAAAAAAGGUAUGUUCUUAUGUUAAUAACAACUUUCAACAUUGUCUUUCCUUUGACUGUUUUAGUAUUAUAAUUUUUAUUUACAUUUAAAAACAAUUUAAAGCGAUAACUUAGAAUAAAGAAAGGAUUUAUAGAAAUUUCUGGUUUUUUAGUAUUGGUUUAUUAUCAGUUAUAAACUGUGUUCAUAAUUUUCUUCUUUAAGUGUUUUGCAUUUUUAAUGAAGACAUUUUAUCAAUGCUAAGGCUUAUCAGAAAAAAAAUACUUGUAUCUUCAUUAACAUUCCCCUUAGAUUUAAAGACACCUUUGAAAUAUACUUCUUAGUUUUAUUGGUUUUGAUGGGUUGAAUUUUUUUCUCACGAUUAUAUUCAAUGUUGUCCACUUUCCUAUUUUCAUUUCAAUAUCUUUCUAACCUUCAAGGAUCUUAAGGGCAUUAAUUUCAAAUUACAUUUAAAUUGUAACAUGUACAUAUCUAAUUAAUGAAUAUAUCGUUUUGUUGGUAAUUUGAAAUUCUUUUUCAAUAUAAAUAUACAGAGUAUUUACUGCAGCUUCGGUGAUUGCAAUUAGAAAUUAACGUGAGUCUAAAUUCAUUUGAUUUUGUUUUCAUUGGUGUAAAGAGACACUAUUUUCUUAUUAUAAACAUUAAUUCUUGUUCAUUAAAGACUAUUUGUUCAAUUGUAAUUUUACCAUCUUAGAGAUCAUGAUGUUUAAUGAUCAAGAUCUUGUUUUCUUUCCCUUUUUAUUUUACUUUAUUUGUAGGGCAUUAGCGCAAAAAUAGUAUAGUUUAGUUUAUUUUACCCAAAAUCUAUAAUGUUGAAAAGUUUACUUUGUUGUACAUAAUGAAACCUUUAUAUAUAACAUGUUUAUCAUUAAAGGUAAAUUUUAAUCUUUUUAACACACAAGAACUUUUAUUUUGAUUACUGGUGUGAAAACAAGUUAACAUACAUGUAAAUCGAAAUUACAUUUCAUGGUAUUGUAAUUGCAAGCUUUAUCUGCUGUAUGCUAUAUACUCAAUACUGACAUUGCUCAAAAUCUACAAAUAGAAUAUUAAAUUUUGAAAUGUUGGUUUGGAAAUUGUAAAUGUUGGUGCCAUAAGUCUUUUUUGUUUAAUUUCUUUUUGUUAAAUGCAGAUAACGAGUGGACAUAGCUAAACUUGAUUAUUUAGAGAGAUUUAUGAAGUACAGUGUAAAUUGAUAAACAUGUGCGUAAGGAUGUAUUCUGCUGAUUAUGCUGAUGCAUAGUUUUAUCCAUCAAAGUAUGCCUAUUUUUUGCCAACUAACCAUCUUUUAUCCAUUUGCAUUUUGAUUCUUUGUAGUUUUGAUAGUCUUAUAAAAGAUAUCUAAGAAAAGUUUAUUUCCAGAUAAGAAAGACUUUUCCCUUCAUUGUCCAUGAAAAAUCCCAGAAAGUCUGGUCCCGCCAUAUUUUCAAUAUCUUGUAUCUCAAAACUAUGCACACUAACUCAUAGUUUCUACUUCGCUUUUGUUUCAAAUAAUGCAUACAUCGAAAUAAAGUACCAACAUUGAAAAGUUUAAUGCAUUUUCCCAGCAGAAUACAUCCUCAUAAUAUUCCAAGUAAUUCUAUCUUUGGAAAUUACGUUUGAAUGUAUCAUGUAUAUUCACCAUCACGUUUGCAAUUUAUUAUUCUUUUAGUAAAAAAAAAAAAAAUAAGACUAGCAGUAGGUUCAUUUAUUAGUCAAGAAAACUAAAAUCUUCAUUCACUUAUAUCUAUAUCUUUGUUUAAUUUAAUGCCAUGUCCGAGAGACGGAAAGUUAAUCUUCCUAUAGAAACAAAUUAGGAUUUUAAGAUACAUGUAUACAUUUUUUUAAAAUUUGAAAUCUGUCUUGAACAGAAAAAUAGAAAAAUACUUAGAUAUAAAUGCCAAGAAGCUUUCAAAGUGAACAUAACUUCAUCUUUACAUGUAUUGUGUGAAUGUGUAUGUAAUUAGAUUAUUUUAUUUAUAAAAUUCUGACCUCAUGAAUAAAAUACUCUGAAUCAUA